AUGCAUCAUCUCGAGCAGGCGCUAACGCGUAAGAAGAGCAGUAGCUGGCUAUCGCUUCUUAAAGAUGGUCGCAAGGGAGGCAGUUCCAAGUCCACGUCAGCAGCAGCAACAGCCGAGCCUACGUUAGCAGCAACGGAAGGCCACCAUGUCCCGCCAGCAGGAGAGGAGAUCCCAGACGAGGCUCGGGUCAAGCCUAACCGAACCUCCAGCGGAGGCUCGUUAUUGGACUGGAAAGGGAAGGGCAAGAAGGAUAAGCCUAGGAGCCAUGCAUCGGGGAAGAGCGAACCGGGCCCGCCUGCCGUAACUAUCGAGGUUACUAGGGCAAGGGUUGACGACGAUUGUCUUCCUCUUGCGUCUCCUUCCUCCACCGCAGUCUCUUCCGUUCCUUCCGCCUCCUCCCUCUCCUCCUCCUCCUCCCGUUCCACCUCAGCACGCUCCUCUUUGGAGCGUCCCGUUGACGGCAUCCCCUCUAUAGACCGUUCCGUUAGAGACGAUGAGUCGCCUAUGGCUCUCCAAACGGCUGACUCGCUGCGCAUCCACAGGAAGGCCAAGGAAGCUUCAUCGAAGCAGCACGACGGCACCUCGCCAGUCCCGCAGAUGAAGCUUCGGAUGGAGCCGCCAGUGCCGAGCCUCGAAGGGUCAGACCGAACCUCGGGCGCGAGCAGCCGAGCCAGCAGCAGCGGAAGCGAGAGCGGGAGCGCGACCGCCAGCAGCGGCCGACACGGCGGGACGAACGGCGCAACCAGCGCGAGCGUAACGAGCAGCAUCAGGGGUGGCGUCGGCGGCGGGAACAGAGACCGGGACAGGAGUAGGGCCGGGUCGCUUAGGGUUGUAUCACUUCUAGGGGCGGCCACGGAGGUGGUGGCGACGCUAGGAUUGGAGCAUUUGCUGGUGGGGCGGUCGCACGAGUGCAAGUUUCCGCCGUCCGUGCUCGCGCUGCCGUGCGUCACGGCGCCCGCGGCGGCAGCGGGCAUGGAGAAGCAGAGCUGCGGCACCGCGCACGAUACGCUGUCGCAGCGCGUGCGGAAAGGCCUCUCGCGUUACCACGUGGACGUCGAAGCAAUAAAGCGACUGCAGCCAGAUGUGAUUAUAACGCAGGACGCGUGCGACGUGUGCCUCGUGACUGUAGCGGACCUCGAGGCGGCGUGCGCGGACUACUUCAAGCAGCGCGAGGAGUCAGGGCACGUGUGCCACGUGGUGUCGCUCAAGCCAAUCACAAUCUCGGACGUGUGGGACAACAUGGUUCAGGUCGCGGCGGCCGUCGGGCACAGGGAGAAAGGCUGCGUGCUCGUGCAGACGCUCAAGGCGCGGUGGUCGCUCGUGCGCCGGCAGGUUCCGCUCCGCGGGUCGUCUCCGCGCGUGCGCGUGGUGUGCCUGCAGUGGCUGCACCCGCUCAUGGGCGCGGGGUUCUGGGUUCCGGAGAUCGUCGCAUGCGCGGGAGGGAAGAGCCUGUCGGGGAAGCCCGGGGAGCGCACGGCCAUGCUAACUUUGGAAACCCUUCUAUCUUUGGACCCUGACGUCAUCAUCGCCAUGUGCUGCGGCUUGUCCAUGGAGGCGGUUCUAAGAGAGUUUCUUAACUUGGACGAUUUGCCCCAGUGGAACCGGUUGAGAGCGGUUCAGACGGACUCCGUCUUCGUGGCUGACGGCGACCGUUACUUUAACAACUCCGGGCCGACUAUAGUCGAGUCGGCGGAAAUCAUGGUGGAGAUUCUUCAUGCGCGCCGGUUCCCACACCAUAAAACCGCAUUGAACCGCUCUGGCGUUGCUGGUGGCGGUGAUAAUAACGCCCCCCUUUCCUCGUUUCGCAACAACCGCGUCAUGGGCUCGGGACACGGGGCAGCAGGCGCGGAAUCUCCGGAGAUCGAGAUUAAGUACGAGGGGAGGGCGUACGCGCAGUUAACAGGCGGGUGCGUGGGGGCGUGGCGCGCGCUCCUGGGGGAUGGCGGAGGGGUUGACCAAGCAGGGGGAAACUGGGGAAGGCUGGACGCGGGGAUGGGGGGCGCUGGGGGGAGCGGUAGCGCGGGGGAUAGGGGAGGCGGGAGCGGAGAGGAGGGGGAGGGGUGGUUCGCGCAAUUGGCAUCGGAAGCAGCUGCUAAGGGCGCGAAGGAAGCGGCGCGGGAGGCAGCUUUGGUGGCGAAAGUGGGGGGGAAACAGCAAGGGACGCAAGGGUCGCAAGGGCAGGGGAGCAGCAAGGGAGAGGCGGCGAAGGUGGCGAACAACGAAGCUUUUGUUCCUCUUCGCCCGCCUCCUGGUUACACGGGAAGUGUCACAACAGCAAGCAGCAGCGCCGCAGCCGCCGCUGCUGCCGCUGCUGCCGCCGCCGCCGCCGCUGCCGCUGCUGCCGCCGGUGCUGGCGCUUCUACCAGCCUGGCGGGUGGCGCAAGUGCUGCGCCCCCCGCGCCCGCUCCCGAGCCCUUGGCGCCCCUCCCCUCCCCGCCCGGGCGCAGCUCCAGGCGGUCGCUGUGGGGGCUGAAGCGGGGGAAAGGCGGAAAAGACGCGGAGGAGGGGGGGAUAGAGGCGGAGAGGAAGGAAGAGGGAGUGAGGAUAGAGGAAUCGCAAGCGCAGGAGCAAGUGCAGGAGCAGGCGCAGAAAUUAGCGCAGGAGGAGCAGGAGCAGGAGCAGGAGCAGGAGCAGGAGCAGGAGCAGGAGCAGGAGCAGGAGCGGAUACAGCAGCUGUUUCUGACCCAGUUGAGGUUAGAGGAGGGGGCACAGCAACAGACGCAGCCAGAGGCAACGACACAGCUUUACCAGCAGCCGCAGCAGGAGCAGGAGCCGCAGCAGGAGGAGGAGCAGCAGCAGGAGGACGCUUCCCCCGCCUCCCCCCCUCCGCCCGCCAUCUCCCUCACAGGCGCGGCGCUGAAGGCGGCGCAGCUGCGCGCGCUCUUCCUCGCGACCAUAGAGGACUCGCUCCCCGCGGACUGCCUUCUCCUCUCAGGCGGACUAGCCUCCACCAUAAUCGCGCACGCCGCCACCUCACUCAUCUGGCCGGGCAGCAUAGCCGCCGCGAUCACCGUCCUCGCGAGCCCCAAGGCCGCGGACAGGCUCCCCGCGGCGGCGGCCGCGCGCGGGUGUCAGCUGGGCGCGGGGAUGGGCGGGGGAGGGAGCGGGGGGCAUGUGUUUGUGGGGGGCGGGCCAGGGUUUCAGCCGGAGCAUCUGUUGGAGACGGAGUUGCGGUUUGUGGUGCGCGUAUUGAAGAGCUUCGACCCCGCUGAGAUCCGUAUGGGCGUGGUGCUGGCGGCGGGGCUGAGGGAGGCCAAGCGGCAGGGCUUUUGCUCCGUGAUGGUGGGCGAUGGCGCGGACGAGCUCUUCACUGCGUUUGACUUCAUGGUGCGAAUGAGCGAUGCCAAGCUACAGGAGUGUCGGCACCACAUCGUGGAUGUGCUGCGCUUCCCCUGUAGGGACCUCGCUCAGGCACUGGGUCUUGAGGUUCGGCAGCCGUUCCUGCACCCGGCCCUGCAGGAGUUCGCGUUGGGGCUGACCAAAGACGAGCUGCUGGGGGAGGGGCGCAGCGAGGAGUGGUGUGACUAUAACGAGGGCAACCUCCUGCUGCGCAUGGCCUUCCCUGAAGUGGUCUCUGCUCGCCGGCCCAAGGACCCCAUCGAGGUGGGAGCCGGCACAGUAGCACUGACGCGUCACUUUGCAAGGCGAAUGGCACGGGAGGAGUUUCAGGUGGAGAGGCAGAGGGUGAAGAGGGAGGACCAGGUUCGGAUACGGGACCCCGAGCAUCUGCACUACUACCAAGCCUUCCGGCAGGUACUGCGGUCUCUCCCGAACCUGCACUUAGAAAGAACCUGCACUGAUACCAAACCUGCAUGCAGGUGUUUGGCGGACCUGUGCUCCCACGGGUGCAGCGCUGGCAGCCCAACGCCUGCUCUGUGCAAGGCUCUUCUGCUCACUUCAACGUCCCCCUAUGCUGCUGCCGCUGCCCCUGAUCCCUCUGGUUCUCUCGUGCAGGUGUUUGGCGGCCCUAUCCUCCCAGGAGUGCAGCGCUGGCAGCCCAACGCGUGCUCUGCCUGCGGCUUCCCGCCUCUCUUCCCAGACCAGCUGCUCUGUGCCACCUGUGGCGAAUGCUCCACGCGCAAACCCUCCUCCCGCCGCCGCUCCCAAACCAACAACACCGGCCCUGGUGCUGCUGGUGGCACGGGUGUUGGGAGCGGUGCUGGGGACGUUGGGGCAGGUGCAGAUGGGUUUGGAGGGGUUGGAGUGGGAUUGGAAGGGGUGCACGGGAGGGGCCAGUCAGGCGGGACUGGUGGCGGUUCUAACGGCCGGGGGAGGUUGGGUGAUGUGCCUCGCAGCCCCCGCCGCCCCUCUACUCCCCCUCGAGGCUCCUCCACCAGUGGUGCUUCCCCUUCCAAUGCUGGCAGCAGCGGGAGGAGGCAGUGGGGCUGCUGGGGCAACGCGGGAGCAGGAGGAGGAGGGGUGGCAGGAGGGCGAGAGGCGUUUGGAAUGGCAGAGAUAAGUGAGGGGUGUGGGGAGGGCGGGGAGUGGGGGGAGCAAGUGGUGGUGGAGGUGGCAGAGGAGGUGUGUGCGGCUCUCAAAAUCCACGCGUUGCUGCUCUCCUCUUACACUCACCCGCCCUCUGCCGCCUCUGCUCUCCACCAUUCCGACUCGCUCCUCUCCCUCGUUGCCUGUGUGGACGGCGGGUUGAGCGUGUGGGACGAUAUUAUCGGCUCAAGCCAGUGCAGCGACGAGCCUGAAGGCGAUAGUGACUAUACCGGGCGGGACAAUAACGAGGAAAAGGAGAGGUGCCGGAGCGAGGGCGGGCAGAGGAGAGGCAGCCGGAGAGGGGGGAGGUGGAGGCGGAUGGGAGAGCGAGGAGGGGUGUCCGGCGGGGGAGGGUCGAUGGACGGUUCAGAUCGCGAGGAUGCGGAUGGGAUUACCGAAGGAACGGAGAUGUGGAGUGUUACUGAUGCGACGACAGAAGUGGCGGGGUUUAGUGAGAGUGACGAAUGGGGCGAUGGGGAUGGGGAUGGGUAUGGGGACGGGGACGGGGACGGCACACACGAAGGGCUGAGCAGCAGUGGCAGCUUCUCGGACUGUGCUAGUAGCUUUUCAGGGAGGGAAGUGGGGGCAGAGGCGCUUGGGGUUGGGGGAGGUGGGGAGAAGGGUUAUGUGCUGGGUGGGGAUGAGUGGGGGGACAGUGGCCAUGGCAGUGGAAGAUUUUUGACAAAGGGAGCGGAAGCAGCACCUAAGUACAGGAUGCUUGGUGCAGAAUUGGCAGCUAAGUCAUCCUUGGGACACCAGCAGCUCUCCACCACCUCCCCUACAUUUUACUGA